UCCGUCGUCCCCAUUGAUCCUGCGGAUAUGGAGUCCCACCACGGCGACAACCGCCAUGUCCUGGCCGAAUCCGGCGUCUGGGUCGUCAACGCCGGCACGACCUCAUCGCCACUGGCCAGCCUCCAAAAGUCGCUUUGGCGGUUCUCCGCCGUCACUUUUCUUCCAGCAAACUAUCCCCGCUCGGUUUCGGAAGACUACGCCCCAUAUCAGAUAUGCAACAUUCUUCAGAACUUUUGUUCAAAGAUUACUGGCCUCCUGGGCACACAGUCGACCUUCAAGACCUUUGGAGUUGGGGAUGCUACCGCAACUGCCGCCGCCGCCACGAUCACGACCGUGCUCCAGGACGGGAGUGGUAUGCUGGGCCAGAUUCUGUUUACUUACGGAUUCGGCAGCCACAUGGAUGAGCAUAUCAAAGUGUGGAGGUACUCUGCCGACGUCUUCUUCGAUGCCGCCAUCUUCCUGGACAUUCUUGCCCCCAACCUGCCGCGCAAGUACUUUGUCUUCACGGCCUGCUGUGCCUCGGUCCUCCGUGCUAUUUGUGGCGUGACGGCCGGAUCCACAAAGUCCUCGAUCUAUCAGCAUUUUGCCCUGGAGGAAAACCUUGGCGACAUCCAUGCCAAGGAGCAGAGCCAGUCGACACUGAUCAACCUGAUUGCCAUGAUCUUUGGAACGCUGAUCAUCCGCAUGGCACACGAAGAUGCGGCCUGGAUUUGGGGGCUGUUUAUCUUCUUUAGCGUGCUCCACCUGGUCUUCAACUACAUCGGUGUGCGUAGCGUUGUUUUCUCAAACCUCACAGCGGACAGGAUGCAGAUUGUCAUCAAGAGCUAUCUCUCCAGCAAGGGCGCGGAGAUGAUGACUCCCAGCCAGGUCGCCCCUCUCGAGUCGAUCUUGACCCUGCCGUCGAUUCCUGUCGAGAUGGGCAUCUCGCUCGAGCAUCUGGCGACCCAGGCCCGUCUGCAGGCGCCCAAUGAGUCAAGCGACGCCAAGCUGCUUGCGGAGCUUGCUGCAGCCUGGGAGGGAAAAAAGUACAUGGCCGCCCGGACUCCGUCUGGGGUGGCUGUCGCCCUCCACGACGGCUGCGAGGUCAAAGACUGCAUCGAGGCCUUCUUCUGCGGCCUGGCCUGGGUCCAGCUGGAGCUGCCAGAUGCCGUCGCUGCGCGCCAGUACAUCCAGAGCCACUUUGAGCCGUUCUAUCAAAGCCUCGCAACCAAGUGGGAUGUUGACCGGAAGCUCUACUUUAACGACAACGGCUGGCGCUCCAGAUGGAAGCUGACCAAGAAGGACUGAGCUAUGCCACUUGGCUCUUGGCUUUUGGUUCUUGGCUCUUGGCUCUUGGCUCGCCGUUUCCCUGAUCUGAUCGGAUCCAGACUUCAUAGCAAAUACACCUCAUCCAGGGAAGGAACGGAGCCCGAUCUCUCAGGCAGAUCUCCACGGACGAUCUUCCUGGCUGGCUCAGCGAUGUGCCUCACGACCAUGCAAUAUGCCAUCGACGCACGGCCCCGUCCGUC